AUGUCUAAGCCAGUUAUGCAAGCUCCCAAGAGUUCUCACAUGGAAGGAGCUCUUAGGGUGGUUAGGUACAUCAAACAAAGCCUAGGUCUGGAGAUUCUUAUGUCAACUACUUCAUCUACACAAUUAAAGGCUUAUUGUGAUGCUGAUUGGGCAGCUUGUCCUAAUACCAGAAAAUCAAUCAUUGGUUACUUGGUGCAGUUUGGUGACUCCCUCAUUUCAUGGAAGUCCAAGAAGCAAAGCUCUAUUUCCAGGAGUUUUGCUGAGGCAGAGUAUCGUAGUCUAGCAUCAACAGUGGCUGAGAUUGUGUGGCUUGUUGGUUUGUUCAAUAAAUUGGGUGUUGCUCUCACAUUGCAUGUUCCCCUUCAUUGGGACAGUAAAUCAUCAAUGCAAAUUACUGCCAAUCCUGUGUUCCAUGAACAAACAAAAUAUAUUGACAUUGAUUAUAGUGCUUAA